UACACUCGUGGAGAUCUCUGGAAGCGCAUUGAACAACAAGCACACAACCUAAGUGUUGCAGGUUUUACAGCAAUGUGGAUGCCUCCAGCACAAAAAUGCUCCGAGGGCAGAGAUGACACCGGAUAUGCAGUUUAUGAUAUGUAUGAUCUAGGCGAAUUUAACCAAAAGGGCACGGUGCGAACCAAGUAUGGUACCAAACGAGAAUAUGUGGAUGCCGUGGCUGCUCUGCGUAAAUCUGGUAUCCACGCUUACGCCGAUAUCGUUUUCAAUCACCGAUUGGGUGGAGAUUGUGAAGAAAUCACUAUGGCAACACCAUACACAAAUCAUGACCGUCUGACUCCUGAUGGUGAUGCAAAGGAGAUUAAAGCGUGGACACACUUUAACUUUUCUGGUAGAAAGAACACGUACUCAGCUUUUAAAUGGCACUGGUGGCAUUUCAAUGCCGUGGACUGCGAUUCGAAUGACUAUACUGACGAUCGCAUUUUUCUGUUCGAGGGGAAGUUGUUUGACGAUGAUGUGGAUGAGGAGUAUGGCAACUAUGACUAUCUGAUGGGGUGUGAUAUCGAUUUUGAUCACAGUGAAGUACGACAGGAACUCGACGACUGGGGCAAAUGGUUUCUAAACACUACGAGUAUUGACGGCUUCCGCUUGGACGCUGUCAAGCACAUACCAGCCAAAUAUUUUCCCAGGUGGCUUGAGGCUAUGAGUCAAUAUAAAGGUGAACAUAUGUUUGCGGUAGGAGAGUACUGGGAUGCAGAUAUCACGAAAUUACACCGAUAUAUAGACCAGACACAAGGACGUAUCUCCCUAUUCGAUGUUCCUUUACAUUUUAACUUAUCCGAAGCCAGUAUUUCGGGGUCCAAAUUUGAUAUGCGGACUAUUUUCGAUGGGACUCUAGUGCAGUUGUUUCCGGCGUUAGCCUGCACAUUCGUAGACAACCACGAUACACAACCCCUACAGGAGCUAGACUCCGUUGUAUUACCAUGGUUCAAACCACUGGCGUAUGCCCUGAUCUUGUUGCGACAAGACGGCUAUCCGUGCGUUUUCGAGGCAGACUAUAACGGGGCCGAAUAUGAGGACAAGGGCGAGCACGUGCAUCUGCCAUCCCACCGAUACCUGAUAGAAAAGUUCAUGUACGCGCGUAAGCACUUCAGCUACGGCGCACAGUACGACUACAUUGAUCAUGAGGAUGUGAUAGGCUGGACAUCUGUGGGCAGUGAGUCGCAUCCGGGUGCCAUGGCUGUGCUGGUGAGCAAUGGGCCGGGUGGUUGGAAGUAUAUGGAGGUUGGAACGCCGAACACCAAAUUCGUCGAUAUAACAGGUCACAUCACCGACACAGUCACCACAGACGCCUACGGGUGGGGUCGCUGGCGAUGCGAAGGGGGGUCUGUAUCCGUAUGGCUGGAAUUAGACAGGACUCUGGCAGAACACCGUCCGGUACACUUACGACCGCACAGUGGUACAAAAGACACAGGAACACUUGCUACUAUCAUGAACGUAUUUAGUAGAAGCAUCAGCGAAUUUAAGAAGUAUGUGCUUAAGCAUGGGGCGAGUGCGAUCAAACGCUGUGCCAAUAUGAUCGAGAGGAGGAUGUUGUUGAUGCUGCAUCCUAAUCCUCAAACACAAUCGACGUAGUCCAUACGAGUACGUUAUGUAUAAACGUACCAACCAGCACGUUUCUUAAUUCAUAAGCAUCGACACACAAGAUGCAAACCGGAAGCCAAUAAAGUAAUAAGCACGCAUCGCGCCC